CUGGCUUGAAAAAAUAAAAUAAAAAAAAGUUGGUCGACUUGAAUAAGGUUUUCUCUUUCUCGCCGUUAGAACUUUUUAACCGCUCACAUUCCCAACAACACACCCACUACUAGGCAACGAACUUCCUCGGCCUUCUCCUUCAUCGAUGUUUUCUCAUAUUCUCAUACUCUCUCUAUAUCGGGAAACCGGCCCACGUAUCCUGGUCAAUUACAGUGUCCGUGUUGAGCUGCAAAGGCUUUCCCAUGGGCUACGGUUUGUGCUGGACACUGUAUCUCAUCACGUACCCAGCUCUUUCCUCCCUCCCUUGUUCAAACGCCGCAUCCAUACUCAGAUUCAUGUUCGUCCUCCCCCUCUUGCUCCCUAAGCCAGGCGCGGGGUUUAUUCUUUUUCCUCGCAGCAGUCACUAUUGACGUUUAGUCUUAAUGUUGGAGCGUCCAUGUGUAUUUUCCAUUCAAGCGACCCUUUCCGUGAUUCUCAUCAUCGCUCCAUCGUUGUCAGCAUUCCUUUCCUCUAAGUUUGGAAUGCCUCGAGUGAAGAAACUCACGCAGCAUUUAAGAAGAAUAGCGCAAAAACCCAAACCACCCCCGCCUAUUCUUGACCCAGUCUACCAAGAACAGCAGGAGGAGAACGUCAUUUAUGUGCCUGUGAAAGCGGGCUAUGAGAUACAGGAGUCAAGUCGCGAUAUUGAGGAAUGGAAUGCUGUUCUCGCGGAAUCGGACAGUGAUGGGCCUGCUGAAGACGACACUGAUGACGAGGAUUGGCAGGCAGUCAGAAGAACUCUCGGGAAUAACGAGGAAUGGGGUGAACUCCUUACGAGUAUGCGAUUGGCUGCUGCUUCAGUGAAGACGACAAAGCCUUGCGAUGGAACCACUCGACAAAACUUGCACCACCGAAAGAUGGUCCUCAAAAGGGCUGCAAUAGGCACCCCUCCCCUCUCUACAUUUGGGUUCACUGUGCCAACACUGACAGCUCCUCGCCGGAAGAGAGUUAUCCAGGAAGUAGAACCUUCAGGUAUGAUAACUGGAUAUUGUAUGCCUAUAAUAUGAAUUAUUAAUA